AAUGGAGUAUACGCUUAUAGUUAGGAGGCUUACAAAUCCUUUAAGAUGAAGAUGGAAAACGGCUAGAAAGUACAGAAACUAUGUCAAACGUAAAAGUGGCCGUAAGGGUCAGGCCUAUGACCAAAAAGGAAAUAGAUGCCAAGGCCAAGUUUAUUAUUGGAAUGAAGAGAGAUACUGUUAGCAUUUACAAUGUGAAGCUUGGUGAUGCUGACAAGACAGAGUAUGGAGACAGUCGUGAUAAAGUGAAGCACUUUGUCUUUGACUAUGCCUACUGGUCUGUGGACUCCAAGCUGCCGGACUAUGCAUCCCAAGAACUGCUAUUUCAAGAUCUUGGGACAGAGGUGCUACAGUCUGCCUAUGAGGGAUACAACGCCUGUGUGUUUGCCUAUGGACAAACAGGGACAGGGAAGACAUUCACCAUGAUGGGGGACCCUGAACAAGUUGGCCUAACACCAAGGAUAUGUGAGGGCCUUUUUGCUCGUAUGGAUGACACAGAUGAAGGAGAACAUAUUUCAUACAGGAUAGAUGUUAGUUACCUUGAAAUUUACAAUGAGCGUGUUCGUGAUCUUCUUGCCCAUCCACUUUCAAAGCAUCAUGAAAAAUAUACUCUCAAAGUUCGUGAACACCCAAAGGACGGUCCAUACGUACAGGAUCUUUCUAGACAUUUAGUCAAGGAAAACCAAUCCAUUCAAGCAUUAAUUGAAAAAGGCAAUGAAAACAGAACAACGGCAGCCACCUAUAUGCACGCUGGCAGUAGUCGCAGUCAUGCAAUAUUCACUAUAAAUUUUACUCAGGCCAAAUUAGAUGCGGAUCUCCCAAGUGAGAAAGUCAGCAAAAUCCAUUUAGUAGAUCUGGCUGGCAGUGAGAGGGCAGAUCCUAGUGCAAGUAGCAAAGAAGAUGGUACAACUCGACUCAAAGAAGGUGCUAACAUCAACAAAUCCUUAGUUACAUUAGGCAAUGUGAUCAAAGCUUUAGCUGAAAAAUCUGUGCGUUCUUGGGGCACUGAAAGCCUGGGCUCCAGCCUCAGUUUUGACAGUGAACACAGUAAGGAUGCGUUAAACAGCUCAGGAUCUCCGAACAGGAGAAACGUCAAACCUUUUAUCCCAUACAGAGACUCCGUCCUCACAUGGCUGCUCAAAGAAAGCUUAGGGGGAAACUCCAAGACUAUCAUGAUUGCAACCAUCACUCCAGCAGACACAUACUACAAUGAAACCCUCAGCACAUUACGCUAUGCACAGAGAGCCAAAAGCAUAAUCAACAAACCCACAGUCAAUGAAGAUAACAAUGUCCGGCUAAUACGUGAAUUGAGGAAUGAAAUUGAGAGGCUCAAGCAAUUGCUGUGUCAUGCACACAUGGCUGGCUCCAUGAUGCUGAAUGAGAUUGACAGUGGGGGCACUAUCGCAGAAAAAUUGCUAGAAAAUGAAGAAAAGGCUCAGAAGCUUACACAGAACUGGAUAGACAAGUGGAAUGAAGCUCACAGUAUCAUGGCUGAAUCCAAUAUCUGUAUUUCAAGACCAGUGCGUAGAACCAAGUCUAUGGGUGUGAUAGUCGACUCUCAGCUACCUCAUCUUAUUGGUAUGGAUGACGAUAUACUCAGUACAGGGAUUAUUAUGUACCACCUUAAGGAAGGAAAAACUUCCAUAGGGCGAGAGGAUUCUACCAGGGACCAAGAUAUUGUGUUAUCAGGUCCAGACAUCCUGUCGGAGCACUGUAUUAUCAAGAACAGGGGCGGGGCAGUGUACAUGUAUCCCUUUGAUGGUGCUAUGUGUCAGGUGAAUGGACAGCAGAUUUAUGAACCAAUCAAGCUUACUCAGGGUGAUGUGGUUUUGCUGGGAAGAACAAACAUGUUCAGGUUCAACAAUCCAAUUGAAGCAGCAAAACUACGGGAACACAGGAAGUCUGGUGGAGGUUCGUUACCACUGAAUGGCAGCCUCUCCCGAGCUAGCAGCGUCAGCUCCAUUUUCACGUACCGCUCAGACAUAGAUGGAGAGUCCCCUUCACCAACCUCUAUGUCACCAAUGAUGCUGAACUCAAGCUGGCUCUUUGUAUGUAUAGUUGAGAAGUGGGUUACUUUGCAAGCACCUGCCAUAUUAAGAUAUAGCCCCUUCCAGUGGCAGGCCAGUCUUGGCAAUUUAAGUUUCUGGGAUUCACGGAGUGAACUUCUGUAG